AUGAGCUUGAAAAGUGAAGAGAAAUUAAAUAAUUAAGAAUGAAUCCUCUCGGUUAUACCAAAAGUUAUUUUAAUAUAAAAGAAUUUUAGAAAAAACAAAAGAGGAAUUCUUAUUGCUAAUUAAGCCAUAAAUGUUAGUUUAGGAUUAGGUUACAGUGAGAAUUGUUAAAUUUACAAAACAGAUUUAGCAGAAUUGAUUUGUUAACAAUGUAAAAAAUCAAUAUAAUGUAAUAGUUGUUUUAGAUUAAGUCAUAAAAAUUACAAAAGAAAAAGAAAUCAUGAGUUUUCCAUACUUAUAAAAAUAAAUACAGAGAUGCCAGUGGUAAGCAUUUAUUAUAAUUUAUAGAAAAAUUAGAAAAUAGAAAUUUUAAAUAUUAAAAUGGUAUGGAAGAAGUAUUAUCAAACUAAUGA